UCCUCAUAUUCACACACAGGGAACAUCAUAAAAAAACACAGACAAGGAAGAGUCACGGUCAGGUUUAUCAAAUGAAGAGCAAAAUGAAGUUGAUGAUCAGACCCCUUCUUUUCAGUUUGCUCCUGUACUGUGCAACCCAGACAUUAGGUGUCACGAUCCAAUCUGUCCCAGAAUUCAGCAGUGAGGGUGUUAUACAGACAGAGCUGGAGAAGACUGUGUCUCUGGUUUGUCUUGGCAGUGAGACUGAGGACGAUGAAGAGUUGGUCUGGCUGAGGAAUGGCGCUGCCGUCAGUCUGAAGGAAGAAAAUAAGAACGGUAUCAGCAGAGUGUGUGUUACACCCGUCAUCUAUGAAGACAAUGGUGCCACUUUCACCUGCCACCUGAGCAGAAAUAACACAGUUAGGGCCUCGGUCACCCUGAAUGUCACAUACCACCCACAGCUCUCUGGGUCAGAGGAAGUUGUCGUAGAAGUGGAGGCGGUGCUAGUCUUGCAGUGUGAUAUCUGGGCCAAUCCACCAGUCUCAUCCGUGUCUUGGACACUAAAUGGAAGCACAGUGGAUCUAACAGCAGGUGGCUUCACGGUGACCAGUGAUGGCUUUACAAGCCAGCUAAGCGCCAACAGCGUGGAGAAAAGCUUGCAUCAAGGCACUUAUCAGUGCAUAGUGAACUCUCCCGUCUAUGGAGAAAAUAGCAAGUUGUUCAAUGUCACAGUAACAGAAAAGACCAUGAAGUUCCCUCUGAUGCCCAUGAUAGCAGGGCUGGUGGUGGUGUGCCUUACUGCGCUUCUUGCUGUUGUUUCACGAUGGGACAAAAUUACAAAGUGCUGCAAGUUGUGCCUAAAAUAACCGAGAACCCAUAAAGACAUCACCACUCUGUAUUGUGUGCACGAGACUGGGAUUAACCAGUUCUAUAGCCUAGUUUUUAAU